AUGGGACCGCUACCAGUGACUCCACCGCAGAAAAAGUUCAUCAAUAACAGGUUCGAGCUAAUCCGCCCUAUAGCUGGCGGCGGCGAAGGCAGUGUAUACAUAGCCAGAGACCACAAAACCGGCAAAGAGCUAGCCAUAAAGCUCUACCAUGAGCCGGCGGGCUACAGAUCGUACCAUCGCGAGGUCAGUGGGUACCGCUAUCUGGCCGGACUCGUGGGAGUCCCGAAGUUUUACUGGGCAGGACACGAUCAACGAUACCAUGCCACGGCCAUUAAACUCCUGGGGCCCAGCCUGGCCCAUCUGUGGCGGGACUGUGGGCGCAGAUUUUCCCUAAAGACGGUGCUCUUGCUGGCAGAUCAGUUGAUAUGUCGGUUUCAGGAGCUUCACUCGAGAAACUGCGUCCAUCGAGAUAUUAAGCCAGAGAACCUGCUGAUAGGAGUUGGGAAGAAAGCGAAUAUGGUGUAUGUGGCUGAUUUGGGUUUAGUCAAGAGGUAUAGUACAAUGAGUGACCAUCAGAUUUUGAAGCGGGAGCGUCAUGAUAGGCGUGAAUGCGAGAGAAAUCCUGAGGUUGGCAUUGGUUUGCAGGGGACAGAGGUAUAUGCUGCUUGGCGGGCGCAUUAUGCGAAGCAGCAAUCACCCCGCGAUGACAUGGAAAGCCUAGGAUACGUGUUCGUCCGAUUACUCAAAGGCCACCUUCCGUGGGAGAGGCUCUGGACACCAACUGGCACAGACUGGGAGAGACAGAUAGCCGUGGCUGAGAUGAAGCGCAAUAUACGUGUCGAAAAGCUUUGCAAAGACCUGCCGCCAGCGUUCAAUUUAUACUUCCUGCAUAUCUUUUUGAAGGCGACUCCUGACUACGCCUAUUUGCGUGACAAUUUCCGGGGUCUGUUUCAGCGUGAAGGGUUCAAAGAUGACCAGAUAUAUGACUGGACGUUCAAACAAGAGGAGGAACUUCUGCGGCAGCAUCAAAAAAAAAGACUUAAGGAACAGGUAAAAAAGUGUCUAUAG